AUGGUGGCGCCGUGGUGUGACUCCGACCGGAAGGACCGCUCCGGGCGGGAGUACCGCUGCUACGUCGGCAACCUGCCGUGGUCCGCCGACGACCGCACCCUCAUGGACGCCUUCGCCGACUUCGGCCCCGUCAGCUCCGAGAUCGCCUGGACCCACGAGACGGGGAGGUCCCGCGGGUUCGGGUUCGUCUACUUCGAGGACGGGGACUCGCUGGACGACGCCAUCGAGGUGAUGGCCGGCCAGGUCAUCGGCGGCCGCACCAUCGCCGUGCUGCUGGCCGGCCGGCCGGGGCUCAGGCCCUCCAGCGGCGGGAGCGCGCGGAGAAGACUACAAGACUACUACCUAGUACUCUACUAG